UAUUAUAUCCAAUGACCAUUGCUCCUCUCGUCUGCAUUUGACAUCAUCCUCCUUUCUCAUAUUUCCCCAUUGCUCAACUCUCAGAUUCCCAAACCCUAACCCUAAUUCUCGCAUUGCUCUAGACUCUGCAAAGUUUGAGAGAUGGAAGAACUACGUUGGCGCGCAUUUUAUUUUUCGCUUUUUUCCCCUCACUGUCCUGUAGAUGCUUAUAUUACUGUUGAAUUUGCUGAAUUUGAUGUGGUAGCUGGAAGUUUUCAAAUUUACUCAUUGGGUAGUUGAUUGUUACAAUGUGCUGAUUGAGGGGCGAGAAAUUUGAAACUAAUGGCAGAAUAUCUGGCUUCACCAUUAUGUAUCAAAGUGCACAUACAGAGAAGUUUCAUCAGAGAGAAAGGUUUCACAACCCGGAAUUCACAUUUCAAGAUUGUGCAAAGUAGGAAGUAUUCGUAUGGAAGCGGCAAGACUGUUCUAUUUCCAACGCGGAAAAUGUGUGAGCUCACUGCUCCUGGCUUCUCAAAUAUGAAAGUUAAUCCUUUUCCUGAGGAAGCUUCCUUGAAAUGUACUUGCUUGAGGUCUUUGGUAGGCCCUGAUGGUGCAAUAGCCUCUGACUGGUUACCUGUUGUUGAUCAAGUGCUUCUGACGGCCAGUGUAUUUCUCACAUAUAUGGCUGGAGUAAUUCCCCGUCACAACUCUAGUCCAACUUUUCGAAAGGAGAUCUCCAAUGACAAUGUGGAUCCUGGAACCUCAACUGCUUCUGGUAGUGGAACAAAGAAUGAUGACCCAGAAAAUUCAGGUUAUGCCUUGGAUGCAGUGAAAAGGAAACUUUUGGAUUCACUCCGGGCUUUUGAACUUGGAAAUAAUAUGGGAAACAGGGUCCUUCAACAUGAAGGAUACACUGCAAAGCGACCUUUAAGUUUGAAUGCUGUUGCUGAUGGUCCAAGAUUAAGAUUGCUCUGGGCAUCGUUUCUGCGAAUUGAGGAAGAGGUGAUUAAUAUCUCAAAAUCUGGAAUUUCUAACUUGGAUGACUGCUUGGCGGAUUUUUCUGAUGUUAUACGAAAGUCUUGUCAGCCUGUAUGCACAAGCUGGUUAGAAACAGAGCUUGAUCUUUUAAACAGCAAGCCUAACAAGGCACUUGCUUUGCUUAUGGAUGGAAAGUUAAAAGGAGACAACAUUGUAUUACAGAACAUCAGGAACGCAGGAAAGGAAGACCUUUAUGCAGAACUAAUGUGCUUCCUUAGUUUUGGUUCUCUCAGGGAGGGUUGCUGUUAUGACGGUAACCUGUUUAUGAAGCACGGAGUUUCCAUACUGGAAGAUCUGGUGAUAAGUUUAGCAGAUGGGAUAGUAAGCAUAUAUUUGGAGCUUAUUUCUGUUGACAGCAAUUUCUCAGAUGAAUUGGAUAGCCUGUCUUUGGCAUUGUGUACUUUGUCAACACGAGCACUUCAAAGAUUACGAAAUGAGGUGGCUUUGUACCAAUGGUUGUAUCAAAAUAUGGAAGCAAUUGCAGCAAUGUAUGAGGAUCGAUUUGACUUGUGGACAUUUCAGAGCCAACCCAUCAAGGAAUUAGACAAUAGCUGGUCUGAAAAUUAUAGUUGGUGGAAAUGGCUUACCCAGAAAAAAUCUGGCACUGCGCCAUCAAGAUUACAUCAGGUUAUGAUAAGCCAGUUCUCUAUGCCUGUAAAGCGAACAAAGGAAUUAAGGGCCCUAACAGGGUGGAGGUAUUACUUCAGCCUAUUCCUCGAGUUAUCUGAUAUUAGCAUGCCGUUGAUUAGAGCAGUUAUUGACAAAGUCAGCAAGGCUCUUUCGUUUUUUCUAGUUAGCUUGAUUGGGAGGUCAUUAGGACUCAUUUAUACUGGAAUUAGGCAGUCUCUACGUUGGAAGUGAUAGAUGGGUAUUUGUUUUCAUUCUUUAUUUCAGUUUGCCUUUUUUGAUAUGGCAGAGUUGGUUUUAGAAGAAUGUAAAUUACAAUCUGUCAGCUUGAAAUGUUCAUUUUUGUUUUGUGCCAGUUGAGGCACCCCCUUAUACCCAUUGGUUAACAUUCUGAGC